AUGCCUCAUGGGGCUCAAAUAGGUAGCUUAGAAACAGUUAACCUUGGUGAAGAAGUUGCAUCCGUACGUGUUGUGAAUACGCAUAAACAAAGGUUCCAACAAAAAGAGGAUGAAAUUCUCAUUCAAUCAUGGCUCAAUGUUUCAAAAGAUUCAAUUGUUGGGGUUGAUCAAAAAGGAGAUAGUUUUUGGAAGCGGAUCGGUGAAGCUUACAACAAGCAUCGUGACAUUAACUACAAAGAGAGGAAACCGACGCAACUAAAAUGUCGAUGGCAUAAAAUCAAUCCAUAUGUUCAAAAGUUUGUUGGAUGCUACAAACAAGCUGUGUCUACACAACAAAGUGGGAGUUCCGAGAGCAAUAUCAUGCAAGCUGCAUAUAAAAUCUAUUUCCAAGAUGAAGGUGAAAAGUUUACUUUUGAAGCUGCAUGGAGAUUAUUGAAAGAUGAACCUAAAUGGCUCGCAGGUUCAUCAAAAGCUUCUACAAAAAGAACAAAGAAUUCAGCUUCAGGAGCAUAUUCUUCAUCUUCUAAUCCACAAAUGAGCAGCGAACACGAUCCAUCAUCACCUACUUUGUCUCGCCGUCCAAUCGGUCAAAAGGCAGCCAAAAGGAAGGAGAAAGAAAAGCUUAUGGAAAUGUCUUCUACUCCCAAUGUCAAAUAUGAUUCUUUGAAAGAUGACUUUAAAAAAAAAUUUGAUCUGAUGUCAAUGUUUGCACGGGACUAUGCACGCAUUGAGGGUGAAAAAGUUGAGAUAGAGAGAAAAAAAGAUACAUCAAAUAUGGAUACAAGACAACUACAAGCUCAUGAUAUGUUGUGCGACAUGAUUAGAGAAAAAUAUGGACUUAAUUAG